GAGCCAGAGGUUUCCCGGAGAGGAAGGCGUGGCUCCCUCCCCGGCCAGGGAGCCCUGGCGCCGCCGCGGCCGCGGUCCCAGUAGCGGAGCAGGGCGGCGGCUGCGCCCCGCACCAUGGAGGGCAGCCCGGCCCCAGCCGCUGUAGACGCCGACCUCCGCCGCCGCCCACGCCGCGUCUGCCCGCUCGGGCUGCGGCUCUCCGGACGCCAUCCCCUCCUCACCUCGAAGCCAACAUGAAGGAGACCCGGGGCUACGGAGGGCAUGCGCCCUUCUGCACCCGCCUCAACCACUCCUACCCGGGCAUGUGGGGGCCCGAGCGUUCCGCCGAGGCGCGGGGCAACCUCACGCGCCCUCCGGGGUCUGGCGAGGACUGCGGAUCGGUGUCCGUGGCCUUCCCGAUCACCAUGCUGCUCACCGGUUUCGUGGGCAACGCACUGGCCAUGCUGCUCGUGUCGCGCAGCUACCGGCGCCGGGAGAGCAAGCGCAAGAAGUCCUUCCUGCUGUGCAUCGGCUGGCUGGCGCUCACCGACCUGGCCGGGCAGCUUCUCACCACCCCGGUGGUCAUCGUGGUGUACCUGUCCAAGCAGCGCUGGGAGCACCUCGACCCGUCGGGGCGGCUCUGCACCUUCUUCGGGCUGACCAUGACUGUCUUCGGGCUCUCCUCGCUGUUCAUCGCCAGCGCCAUGGCCGUCGAGCGGGCGCUGGCCAUCCGGGCGCCGCACUGGUACGCGAGCCACAUGAAGACGCGUGCCACCCGCGCUGUGCUGCUCGGCGUGUGGCUGGCCGUGCUCGCCUUCGCCCUGCUGCCGGUAAUGGGCGUGGGCCAGUACACCGUCCAGUGGCCCGGGACGUGGUGCUUCAUCAGCACCGGGCGAGGGGGCAACGGGACUAGCUCUUCGCAUAACUGGGGCAACCUUUUCUUCGCCUCUGCCUUUGCCUUCCUGGGGCUCUUGGCGCUGACAGUCACCUUUUCCUGCAACCUGGCCACCAUUAAGGCCCUGGUGUCCCGCUGCCGGGCCAAGGCCACGGCAUCGCAGUCCAGCGCCCAGUGGGGCCGCAUCACGACCGAGACGGCCAUUCAGCUCAUGGGAAUCAUGUGCGUGCUGUCGGUCUGCUGGUCUCCGCUACUGAUAAUGAUGUUGAAGAUGAUCUUCAAUCAGACAUCAGUUGAGCACUGCAAGACACACACGGAGAAGCAGAAAGAAUGCAACUUCUUCUUAAUAGCUGUUCGCCUGGCUUCACUGAAUCAGAUCUUGGAUCCUUGGGUUUACCUGCUGUUAAGAAAGAUCCUUCUUCGAAAGUUUUGCCAGAUCAGGUACCACACAAACAACUAUGCAUCCAGCUCCACCUCCUUACCCUGCCAGUGUUCCUCCACCUUAAUGUGGAGUGACCAUUUGGAAAGAUGAGAAAAAGAAGACUCAGAGAGCAAUUAAUCUGCAGUUUGCAGAACCCCCAGAUACAGAGGGCAACUGCACAUUGUGGGCAAGUACAAACCUAUCGUGUGCUGGAACAGAGGAGAAAUGGAGGGACUUGAGAGCAGCGUUCAUGUACACACCAGAAUCUCAGCAGUAAAGACAGAGUAACAGUGAAGAAAAUAACGACAGGAGUCCUGUGUUUUAAAAAAGCAAGCUCCUCCAGCUGAGUCUGUGACUCUAAUCCCUGCUUAUUUUGAGCACUUUCCAUGUGUUGAUUGACUUGGAAAGGUGGGAGAUUACCAGGAAGCCAGGUCAUUUGGGCAAACAUGGGCAUAUUUUUAGCAAGGCUGAACAAACUGGUUGGUCACUCGAACUACCCAAUUUAGACUUAUGGUAAGAAUAGCACAUGGUUCAGAAUUGCCAAGACUGCUGCUUUAGUCAACAGAAAUUUUUUCAUAUGCAUGCUGGUAAUGCAGUGCAUCUCUGGAAGAAAUGCAAGACUAUUUUAACAUUUGGUCCAGAAGAAAUAUGUAAAGGGUGUUUGUAGAAUUUGGUGCCCUCCUCAGUGACAUAAAGUUAUGGGUUUGUGAAUUGAAAAUCUGUAAUUUGUUCAAGUUAUUAAAACACAUUCUAAUUCAAAAUCA